CAAUCGCUUCUGUAGUUUCAGGAGCUAGUUUGCGGCAGGGGAAGCCCAUUCUGAGUUGAGGAGUGGGAAGGUAACCCGUAUGUUUUUAGUUUCAAACAUCUGCCCCAAAGAUACUGUUGCUCUUCUUCUGGAAAAGCCGGAUUGGUAGGAUUCCUCCAAAGGCUCAGCCCGACGUGCUGUAUGCCAUCCCCUCCCCAACUUCGACCCUGAAGCUUGCCAAGAACCCCCGGAGGAAAACCUGCUGGCUUCCAUCCUUUGCCACAAAUGGCCAAUUCUGGAGGAGGCGCUGUCUGCAAUGGGAAUCUUCACAGUCACAAGAAACAGGACGGCUCACAGAAUGGAAACUGCACCAAGAAUGGCCUCGUGAAGAAAGUCCAGCAAAAUGGGAAGCCACAUUUUUAUGAGAAGCCAGUUGUUGAAUCCUUUGAGGAAGCACCUCUUCACGUUAUGGUUUUCACUUAUAUGGGAUAUGGAAUUGGAACCCUAUUUGGCUAUCUCAGAGACUUUUUGAGAAACUCGGGAAUAGAAAAAUGCAAUGCAGCUGUAGAGCGAGAAGAACAAAAAGAUUUUGUGCCACUGUAUCAAAACUUUGAGAAUUUUUACACACGAAACAUUUACAUGAGAAUCAGAGACAACUGGAACCGGCCCAUUUGCAGUGCCCCAGGGCCUCUGUUUGACGUGGUGGAGAGGGUGUCGGAUGACUACAACUGGACAUUUCGCUUCACUGGAAGAAUCAUCAAAGAUGUCAUCAACAUGGGCUCCUAUAACUUCCUUGGCUUGGCAGUCAGGUACGAUGAAUCUAUGAGGACAGUGAAGGAGGUUUUAGAGGAGUAUGGCGUAGGUGUGGCCAGUACCAGACAUGAAAUGGGAACCUUGGAUAAGCAUAAAGAGUUGGAGGACCUUGUGGCUCAGUUCCUGAAUGUAGAAGCAGCCAUGGUCUUUGGGAUGGGAUUUGCAACUAACUCAAUGAAUAUUCCUGCAUUAGUUGGAAAGGGAUGCCUCAUUUUAAGUGAUGAGUUAAACCACGCAUCUCUUGUGCUUGGGGCCCGACUCUCACGUGCAACCAUAAGGAUCUUCAAACACAACAACAUGCAAAGCCUAGAGAAACUCCUGAGAGAUGCUGUAAUCUACGGCCAGCCUCGAACCCGCAGAGCUUGGAAAAAGAUUCUCAUCAUGGUGGAGGGCGUCUACAGCAUGGAAGGUUCCAUUGUGAAUCUGCCCCAGAUCGUGGCUCUAAAGAAGAAAUACAAGGCUUACCUCUACAUUGAUGAAGCUCACAGUAUUGGGUCUGUGGGCCCGACUGGCCGGGGUGUAGUGGAAUUCUUUGGAAUGGACCCUCAAGAUGUCGAUGUGUUUAUGGGCACAUUCACCAAAAGCUUUGGAGCCUCGGGAGGUUACAUCGCUGGAAGGAAGGACCUUGUGGAUUAUUUACGGGUUCACUCACAUAGUGCUGUUUAUGCUACCUCCAUGAGCCCCCCAAUAGCAGAGCAAAUCAUCAGAUCAAUGAAAUUCAUCAUGGGACUGGAUGGGACCACGCAAGGGUUAAAGAGAGUACGGCAACUUGCAAAAAACACAAGAUACUUCAGACAGAGACUGAACGAAAUGGGAUUCAUUAUCUAUGGCAAUGAGGAAUCUCCCGUGGUCCCCCUGCUCCUUUACAUGCCUGGUAAAGUAGCGGCCUUUGCAAGGCACCUACUAAACAGAAAGAUUGGGGUAGUGGUCGUUGGAUUUCCAGCUACUCCCUUAGCGGAAGCCAGGGCACGGUUCUGCGUUUCAGCAGCACAUACCCGAGAGAUGUUAGACACGGUGUUGGAAGCCCUAGAUGAGAUGGGUGAUCUCCUGAACCUGAAAUAUUCCCGGAACAAGAAGUCAGCACGCCCUGAACUCUAUGAUGAAACAAGCUUUGAACUCGAUGAUUAAGUUUCCAGGUAUCAUCAUUUCCUACAACAAGGAAUCUAAUAUUGAAGAAUAUUCACUUGAAUAUUCAUUUGAAUAAACUAUUCCUUCUUGAAUGCUUCUCUGUAUCCUUUCCUACAAAAUGUUCCUUUUCCUUUCAUCACUGUUCCAUUGAAUGUGGUGUCUUGUUUCUUUAUUUUUCUUCUACCCCUUUAAAAAACCUUCAAACUUUGAUUAUUUAUUUAUUCCAACAACAGCUCUUGAAUAGGGUGAGCCUUAACAGUUCUUCAAAUAUGCAAUGCUCCUCUCUUUUUUCUUCAGAGACAGCAAAUAUAAGUGGGUUGCUCUGACCUAAAGCUCUGAUGAUAAAACCUUAACACUUAAAUAUAUCUUUUAUUUACAGCAAUGAUAACAAUUGUAUUUAGAGCUUAUCUAGUGAUUUCUUGGCAAUUUUACUGGUCUCAGUAAGAACAACAUAUUUGAAGUCUGUUUUCUCAGGCCCUUUGCAGCUGUGUAUUGUUUAGGAAAUUAAAAGACAUCUGUAUUUUAAAUGUU